AUGGAGACCUCAGUAGGGCAAGGUACUUGCAACAACAACCAGGGGAACUACAAUAAUAAUUAUAGUGGCGUGAACCAAGGAAACUACAACAAUUUUAGAAAUAAGAGUUUCAAUCCAUUUAUUCCACCAAAGGGGCAAUCAAGUGAUCAAGAUGGUUCGCGGUUGGAGGAUAUGCUUGAGAAGGUGCUAUCAAAUCAGACCAAGGCUAAGAAGACUUUAUCUGGGUUGACUGAAAUAGUGGGAUUUCACAUGGCUUCUAUUCAGAAGCUCGAAUCACAAAUGCGUGAUAUGUCCAGAGAGCAGCACCCUCCUCAAAAGAGAGGACUUCCUAGUGACACUAUUCCGAAUCUGAAGAAUGGGGGAGGUGGUGUAGACCGUGUUUAUGGUAUCAGUACUCGGAGUAGUAAAAUACUCCAAGAGGUUCCCACAAAAAUUCCAACUAUGGAGGAAGUUGCUGAUAUUCCAGAUGGUUCAAAAAUGACUGAUGACAAGAGCAAGCAGACUUUGUCAUUGAACUUUCCCUUCUUGGAUAUUGUCAAGGAGAUGACUGGAUUUGCGAAGUAUUUGAAAGAUCUGAUUACGAAGAAAAGGUCUGUGCAACAUGAAACUGUGAGUUUGACUCACACUGUGAGUUCUAUUAUUUUGACAACAACGGUCCAGAACAAGGGAGAUCCUGGGACAUUCACCAUUCCUUGUUCUAUCGGGUGUUUUGAUUUUGCUCGUGAUCUGUAUGAUAAUGGGGCUAGUAUUAAUUUAAUGUCACUUUCUAUUUAUAAACAAUCAGGAUUGGGGAUGCCUGGGCCGAUGACUAUGCGAUUACAAAUGGCUGAUAGAUCUAUUAAGAGGCUAGUUGGCGUGGUUGAUGAUGUUCUUGUACGGGGAGACCUUUCCUUGCUUCCACAAAGGCGCUUAUGGAUUCGGAGAAGAAUGAAAUAA